CUCAGGUUUCCAGAGGCCGGCAGCCAGGAGCAGCCUCAGCCUGAGGCCAUGGGACUCUGGCAGCUCCUGCUGUUCUGGGGGCUGUCCCAGGUUUGGGCCAGCUCUGAGGGCCCUGCAGAGAAUUUCACUUUCCGCGCUCUCCAGAUCUCCUCCUUCGUCAAUAGCAGCUGGGUGCUCACGGAUUGCUCCGGGUGGCUGGGGGAGCUGCAGACCCACAGCUGGUGCCACGACUCGGACGCGCUGCGCUUCCUGCUGCCCUGGUCCCUUGGCAACUUCAGCGAGCAGCAGUGGGAGGAUCUGCUUCAGCUAUUUCAGUUUUAUCUGCUCAAAUUCCAACGCCUUGUGCAUGGAUUCGUCAGAAUGCUGCGGGGAGACUAUCCCAUUGAGAUCCAGGUGUGUGCUGGCUGUAAGGUAAACUCGGGGAGCACCACAGAAACCUUCCUCCUCGCAGCCUACCAAGGAAACGACGCCCUGAGUUUCCAAGGAAACUCUUGGAGGCCAGCUCCAGAGGCCCCUCCUUGGACUGCACUGAUCACCAACGGGCUCAAUCAGGAUGAAGUGACCACGGAAAUGGCACAGCACUUGCUCAGGGAAACCUGUCCCCAACUUGUCCUUGGUCUCGUUGAGGCGGGGAAGGCAGAACUGGAGAAGAAAGAGAAGCCUGUGGCCUGGCUGUCCAGGGGACCCACUCCUGGUCCUGACCGUCUGCUGCUGGUGUGCCGCGUCUCUGGAUUCUACCCGAAGCCUGUGUGGGUGACGUGGCUGAGGGGGGAGCAGGAGCAGCCUGGCUCUCGGCGAGGUGAUGUCCUGCCCAAUGCUGACGGGACCUGGUAUCUCCGAGUCACCCUGGACGUGGCGGCUGGGGAGGCUGCUGGCCUGUCCUGCCGAGUGAAGCACAGCAGUCUCGGUGGCCAGGACAUUGUCCUCUACUGGGAGGCUGAGCACCGUGUCUCUGUGGGCUGGAUCAUCUCGGCAGUAGUGGUGUUCCUCCUGGUGCUCAUUGUAGGCUUCAUGACGUGGCGUAAGAGGCGUCGCUUCAAUGAAGACAUCCUGUGACCGUGAUUGCUGCAUCUGCCUCUCUGGAACUCAGGACCUCUAGUUCCCGAGACUUCAUCUCCGGUCUGCUUAGGAGCUGAGGGUGAAAGAGAGAUGCCUUGGAGAAUUAGAAAACAAAUUAGAAGGCAGGUCUGGUCACAUUCUUUUAACAUUUAAAAAUCAAAAUUUGUAAGCCAAAGAAAUUCUGCGGUAACGGAGCAUCAACUCACGUCCCUAUGAGGGACAAGCAGAAAAAGACUGAUGUAAGUGCAGUGUGAUGGAUUGCUUUUAUAGGCCUUUCUUGCUAUGAUCUUGUAACUCUCAUGAAAUGACUGCGUGGGACUAUGCAAAUUAGAUGUUUGAUAUUCAUGAAGAUUGGAUAGCUUACUAAUAAUGCAAAUAAGGGUCACAGCACCUUUGUAGGAGGAGGACCACGUAAAUAAAGUGUAUGGAACCCUAACCAUGGGAUUGAUUAGUUUUGCCAAUGCACUAGGCCUAAAAUGUGCCAUGUCAAAAGCUGGGACCCUACUAGCACCCAGAAGAGAUGUAAAACCUACUGGACUUAGGAGACAGAGAGAGGUAUAAUACUUGAGAAAAUGCAAGAUGGUGAGAAGUGGGGCAAGCACAGGAAAGCACUGGCAGAACCAGAAAACUACCUGGAGAUGGUGCAGUGGACGUUUCAGCCUAUAGAGUGAGAAAGCGGAGCAAUUUCAGGGCUAUGCUUGCUGGCAGAGUAGGAACCCUCCAGGCCAUGUGUCGGCAAAGCUAAAGAGAUUUGUAAUACUUACAACAAAGGCUGGACUGACCCCAGAGGCCUAAGAGCCACAAGGUGUGGAGGGCUGCGAAGGCAAGGGCUAGGGCAAAGCCUGUGGUCAUGGAUGAGAAGCUUUCCUAACUUGAGAAUUGCAUCUGAGUUGUUCUUGAUCUUAAUUGUAGCUUGAUAUUUUCCUAAUAAACUGCAUCAUUGUGAA